AAGGGGUCUGUGCCCCGCCCAUCCCGGGGCCCCUCCUUUGCCCCGCCCUCCGGACCGCCUUCUCCAUUCAUUCUCUCCUACGGGGUGUUACCUGCGCCCCCUUCUGGUCUCGUGUUUGGGGGUCUCUUGCUUCCGGUCACCCAAACCCUGGGGUCCUUCAAUGCUGGUCUCUGCUCCGGGACCCUCACGAGCCCUUAGCUUUUCUCCAGCAGUUGGAGCUCCCAUAUCUCUUUUGGGUUAUCCAGCCUUGGGGGUUCCUACACUCCUCAGUUCUCUCCAAUUCCUGCCUUCCCACUCUUCCCCUCCCCCAUCUCUUAGCUAUACCCGCUUUCUGCCCUUCCCCAGCCCCGUCUUAAUUCUUUUUCUCGAAGCUGGAUCUGUUGAAGACCUGCUCUUUGCUACAUAGUGCUUUUUUCCACUCUCUCCCUCAUCUUCAUUGUUGGGUCACUGAGGUCUAGAGGUGUGAAGAGAAGAGGAACCAGUAAAACUUUUCAGCUUGAGUUUUUCUCUUUGAUGGCGCCACCCCCCUCUGCCUUCUCUGGUGAUGAUAAUAGGAGUUGAGGAAUCUAAGGUGGAAGAAGCCAAACAGGAAGAUGUCUAGUGGCCUCUCAAGCCCUCUGACAAGUUGAUAGAACCCACUAUUCCUUCUGGCUAGAGAAGAAUUUCCUGCCUGGCUGAUUGAGAUGCUGAAGUGUCGGCUGUGCAAGUACAUCGCCUCAACACAGCGACCUGACGGGACCUGGCGCAAGCAGCGGAGGGUGAAAGAAGGCUAUGUGCCCCAGGAGGAGGUCCCAGUGUAUGAGAACAAGUAUGUGAAGUUUUUCAAGAGUAAACCAGAACUGCCCCCAGGGCUGAGCCCCGAGGCUACUGCUCCUGUCACCCCAUCCAAACCCGAAGGUGGUGAACCAGGCCUCUCCAAGACAGCCAAACGCAACUUGAAGCGGAAGGAGAAGAGGCGGCAGCAGCAAGAGAAAGGGGAGGCAGAGGCCUUGAGCCGGACUCUGGAUAAGGUGUCCCUGGGAGAGACAGCCCAACCCCCCAGCGCUCAGCAGGCCUCCAGGGCAGCCCCUCCAGCUGCCUCUGAGCAGCCCGACUCCGCUGCCACCACUGAGAAGGCCAAGAAGAUAAAGAACCUGAAGAAGAAGCUUCGGCAGGUGGAAGAGCUGCAGCAACGGAUCCAGGCUGGGGAGGUCGGCCAGCCCAGCAAAGAGCAGCUGGAGAAGCUAGCAAGGAGGCGGGCGCUGGAGGAGGAGCUGGAGGACUUGGAGCUGGGCCUGUGAGGCCUUUGGGGAAUAGGGAGUGGACUGCAGAACAAACCAUGGGGCUCGCUGGGGUCCUGGGGAGUGUCGGCAGCAGCAGUCAGGAGGGGUACCCCUCCAUCCUGGCUCACCUCGACCUCUCAUGGCCCAACUCUGUCCUCCAGAGCCUAGCCUCGCCCUUAUUCUUUUCUUCCCAACUCCUAUUUUUUGGACUUUCCCCCAUCUCGUUCCCAGUGUUGAAAAUCUCAGUGACUACCCCAGGUACCUCUGCUGCUGAUUUGGGUGUCUCGUUUAAAAGAAGACCACAUGGGUGGGAAUCUGUUGGAGAACUGAGGUUGAGGGUAGGGGAGUAUGCCCAAGUCUUGGAGUCUGGGUUCCUGCUCACAGUGUUUAUGGGUUAUCGCCCCUUCUAUCCCUCACCUUUUUUUUUUUUUUUUUUUUAAGAACAGAAUAAACUCAAGUAGACAACAUGUCUGCCUUGGCCUCUUCCUUUCCACUCCUAGGAGGUGUUUUAUCCCCUUCUGUUUGGCACAGGAAGACAAGUGUUGGGACUAAUAUUCCCUUUAAUUUUUAAAAAUUAUGAGUGUAUAACCAAAUUAGCAACACCAAUUUCUGUACGUUUGCUCAGUCUUCAUGUACAGAACAUGAAAAUUAGAACAAAUUUAAUUUGACAUGUUAAUUUACAUGUGUCAGCAUUAUCACGCUACAUAGCAAGGGGACCUUUGUAUCUCCCUUACUGUUUCUUUCUGAAGAUAAUCUUUUUUUGUGUGUGUGAAGAGGAUUGGCCCUGAGCUAACAUCUGCCAAUCCUCCUCUUUUUGCUGAGGAAGACUGGCCCUGGGUUAACAUCCAUGGCCAUCUUCCUCUACUUGAUAUGGGACGCCGCCACAGCAUUUCUUGACAAGUGACGUGUCGGUGCACACCCGGGAUCUGAACCAGCAAACCCCAGGCCGCCGCGGUGGAGCACGUGCACUUAACCACUUGCACCACCAGGCUGGUCCCCCAUCUGAAGAUAAUCUUGACCUACUUCACAGCUCUUGAAAUUUUACCUUCUCAGAUGCCACCCCAAGAUGGCAUUGUGGGGCAAACUAAUGAUACAGGAAGAGGAAUUUACUGUCAAAAAGAGGUGUUACUUAAUUUUUGAAUAUCCUCUGAUUUCCACACCCUCACUUACAAUCUUUCUUCUAGCCAGCAGCUAGUGCAGAGAUCAGCAGAGGGGGAAGUCAGCUGUAGUGAAUUAUCUCAAGCUCUUAGCCUGACUGAUAAGGUCCCACACAACCUGGCCUCAUUUUUUGCCAUUCCUCAACUCGGGUCAAACUGCUCCAACUAUCCUGAACUACUUUCGCUUCAUCGAAUGAGCCAUAGUCUGUCUGAGCCUCAAUCCUUUGCCCCUGCUGGUCCCUCUGCCUAGAACACUCUUCCUGAUCCCCCUCUCCCAAAUCAACACUUUCUUAGCCUUUGGAUCUCAGCUUAAAUGUUAUCCUCUUUGGAGACUUCAGUAGUUGCCUCUCUUAACUUGCUUCCUUAACACUAUGCACUUCCAUUUGUGAUGGCAUUUAUUACAUUACAUUGUGAUGCUGUUUACUUGUUAGACCUCCUCCCCGUCGUUAGACCAUGUACUCCUCGAGCCCUGGCGCUAUUGAUCAUCAUGGCAUCCCAGUGCCCAACAUAGUAAAUUCUCAAAUAUUUGACUGAAUAAACAAGGCCACAAGCCAUGUGGAGAAACAGAAGAUGAGGGGUAAUUCAUGCCUUGCACAGCUGAGCAGUUAAUGAGGCCUUGACCGGGCAUCUCAGCGUGAGACCAGAAGCCCGAGUUCCCAUGUGUAGGAUCCUCACAAUUAUAAAGAUUCUAUAAAUAAGAUUUAAUUGGCUUAUAUGUAGGUGUUUGAUGCUUUGUAAGUUCAGAUGUUUUAGAGGAACCUAUACUUUAAAAACCAUUGUAUUAUAAACCAAUGUUACUGCAAUAAACAAAUUAAAAUAAUGAAAGGUCAAGAGUAAUAAAAAGUUAUAAUUUAAAAAAAAAAACAAACAUUGUUAAGGAGAUUAUUUGCUUUGCAAAAGGAUUUACCAC